UUAGUGAAGUUAUUAAUAAAGAGCAUACAAUUAAUCAAAAUAAAUACAUAUGUCCAUCUUUUGGAAUAAAUGAUUUAAAGAUUUGUGGUGAAUCAAAAGAAAAUGAAAAAAGCAGAUGUAGAAUGAAGAGCUAUGAAAGACAGAUUCGGGAAAGCGAAGAAUUUUUUUCUGUAGAUGAUUAUGAG